AAAAAAGAAAUAUGUUUUUCACUUAGAAAGUUCAACCCUCCAUUUAAUAAAUUUAAUUGUUGUUUAAAAGACUAUGGAAAUAAAUUAUUACUCUAUGAUAACAAUUAAGUUAUCCAUGUCACAUUUUUGGCAUGAAGCUAAGUAAGUGGUUAGAUGCGGCUUAAUGACGAGCGACAAGGUUAUCAAAGCAUGGUAAUAGUGAAGCGUGCCUGAUACGCGAACUAGUCUGGGCGGUCGAAACAAGCUUUAUGAAUGAUUUGAAGAGCUUCUACGAGCCUUCUAGUGUAUACAAAUGUACGGUAUGCACCAGACGCGACAUAGACAUCGUGCGGUAUACGCGCCCGCGCCCGGUUACUGUCGUGGUUGCUCGCAACGUGCUCAGAUCGGCUAGUGCUAAUGAUUUAAUAUAAGCUCCAUGAUACAAAACAAAAAUGAAUUGGAACAAGGAGAGCUGCGUAAUGUUGUUCAUCGUUUCAUCAGUGGUCGCGUUAGGAUCAACUAACGCGGCCGAAGCUCACAGCAGUAGCUUGAUCUCGAAUUUUUCUCCCCGAAUGGAUUUUGAUCAAUGGAAACCUUUAACUGGUCGUGGAGACCCUUUAAGAAACGAUCCGACCUAUGAUUAUGAACCUCCUAUUCUCGAAAGAGUUCAUUAUUGGGCUGAUGAUACUAGGGUCGAACGUGAUCAUUAUCCAGAACGAAAAUCUGAAAUUUUAAUGUUAGGGGUUUCUUCACGAAAACCGAGCAUAGCAGCAACACACCCGCCACAACAAACCAGGAGACCGCUAAUAAGACCAACUACUCCUAAGUACGAAGAUUUUGCCUACAAUCUUAGCGAAAAUUAUCCGAUGACAAUACUUGUACCACCUCCACCGCCACCUCUAGGACAUCAACCAUCACUCUUCAUAUUGACAGAAAACAAUUUGCCAACCAUAAGCAGUCAAAUGAAACAGCCUAAGCCACCAAAAUUUUUCUCGAAAAAUUCAACAACGCGACCUGAAAUGAUUACAUCAUCGUAUGCGUUACAAGAAUCCAAUUUAAUUUUUCAAUCCUCAACAACUGAAAAUUGGCUGGUUGACUCUAACAAAACGCUGCCUCCGUUAAGUAACACUGUGAGUAGCGACUAUGCUGGAUGGGGUCCAACAACACCUAUUGAGGAAAAUAGUACAGUUAAUGAAACACAGAAUCUUAUUCAAACGGAACGUUUGAAAGUGGUUGAAUUACCAUUUAAAUUUUAUACACCAAUGUUGUCAGAAUCACCGCCACCAGCAAAGGUUGCAUCUAGUCCGGCAGUCUUACCGACAUUUUUACCGACUGUUUUACCAUCCACAGAAAUGGAAACAACACCCUUCACACAAGUAACUUGGCCAACUGAACAGGCCACUUAUGAAACUACUCCAAAAUAUGACAGUUCCGAAGAAGACACGAAUAAAAAGCAUACAUCCGAACUUCAAGCUACUCCACACACACAAGAUUUAAAGCUUAAACCAGAAAUUAGUUUAUUGAAUAUGCUUGGUCCAAUGAUGUCUAUGCCUAUGAUAAAUGGGCCGGAAAGACCAGAAGACAAUCUUUAUGCUCACGCAACAGGAAACAGACAAGUGUAUCAGAUUCACGAAAAAGAAAACAUUGUAAAUCUAGAAACUAUGCAAACUUUGCAACCACCACCACGGACUACAAUUAGUGAGAUUGAAACCGAGGAUAAGCAACAGCAAACAUUUUACAACCAAAACUUUAGGAAACCAUCUGUACAUACUCACGAUCCUUAUUUACACAUGCGUUAUACACCGCCAAUAUCAACAUUAAUAGAUGUGGACAAUAAAGACAAACAGAAAUCUACAACGGAAUCACCAACAACUCCAAUGAACUUAAUUAUACAAGGUCAUUCGAAGGUCAAAACCUAUAGUUCCAAACCGAAUCCCGUUAAUGAGUAUCACGAUUUCAAAAACGAAAUUCCAAAACCAAACGAAACAACUGAAGUGAAACAUCUGCAUCCAUUUAAAGAUAAAAGUUCUAAAAAGAUUAUCUCUGAAAACAUAAGCAAAAAGAACAGAGCAAAGAAUCUGAGAACAUUACUAGAUCGAGGACUAGGAUCCGUCGAAAUUCAAGAAGCAGAUGUCGGUAUAAAAUACGAUGUUAGUGAUGGGAGUGACGUACCUGUCGAAAUCUAUAAGAAAGGGAUAGUUGAUAACGAUGAAAAUGCUUAUAAGCUAUACAGCAAAUCAUCUAAUGAAAUUCGGCCAAGAAGGCAAAUCGAUCUUGAAAAUAUUUUUCCUGGAGACGAUGAUAGUUUUGAAGAACUCUUAAUCAGUUUCUUCGAAAACAAUAAUGCAUUAAAGAGUAAAAAGGUGACUAAAAAUGUUAAUAAUGGUCAAAUUAGUACCGGGAUUAAUAUCCCUAUAGGCGAUGGAGUGACCGAUAGAGAAGAAGAAAGUGAGAGAUGAGUUUGGUUUAUAAGUUGUUCAAUGUUUCUUAUAAACACCUGGCAAAUAUAUAUUUUUUUUUUAUCCCCACCGACGUGAAUUGUUUUUUUAUCUAAAACCUAUUCUAAUUGCUUAUAUUCAAAGUACCUAUUAAUCAUAUUCCCAAAUCAGCUUCAUUAAAGUUCACAAAAAAAGACAUUAAAAUCUAACGAACGAAGUAACUUGUAAAAAAGUUGUUAUUUUAUUACAUUUUAACUAUUUAUUAUUUUAUUCGUGAAUGGAAUUUUAUAAUUUAUGUAUUAGUUAAGUACAUUAAAAUAAAUUUCUUACCAUAA